GAUGCUUCGGAGCGGAUGCGAGUGGAGCGGUAGUGUGACGUAUGCGCGCGAAACGAGCUCUGAUUGGUGGACUUUUCGUUUGCGAUUUUCGAUUACGUUCCGGCCACGGUUCCGGCGGCGGUAGAUUUGGCUUGCCUGUUUGCGGUAUGGACGGCGCUACGGACCAACCGUUCGCAGCACUGAAAGAAGUUGCUGCUCGGCUAGACGUCGAAAUCCCCAACGCCGCCAACUGUCUGGAGGGACUCCCUGGUCUUCUUGAAACCAAAUUGGCUUCCACGAAGGCUGCUACGAAAGUUUCCGAGCAGGCGACACUUAUUGAGGCCGAGCUAAAGCUGAUUGCACUUAGACUCGAAAAUGUCGUGAAGGAGAAAUUAGUGUCAAUUCAGGAACUGACAGAGUGCUUGAAACAGACGGACUGCGACAACAGAGAGACGUUGCAGAAGCUUGUACCUCUUGGGCUCAAAGUGCCUGAUCAUCUCUUGCCUGCUCUCCAAAACCUCUCUCUGCAAAGUGACCAAGACACAGUUCAAGAGGCUGCUGACGACACUCUGGAAGAUUCCCCAUGCUCUCUGACACGGGUUGUGACAAAGUUAGAGCCUGCUUUCAGCAAAGCGGCCGCUGGAUCGUCGCAGGCGCACAUGCCAAGCCAAGUGCGUUCACAAUUGCCUAGGUCAUUGCAGCAACCUUGCAGCUCAAAGCCCACGAGCCGGUCUCCGCCUCGCCGCUUCCAGACCAGCUCCAACCUGGACAAGUACCUUGAAGAAAUCUCCAGCAACGACACGAUAACCUUGAUGAAUUCCAAGCAACUGGUGUCUCUGAAGGCAGCGAAGCCAGAAGCGGCAUCCGGAUCACCCGAUGAAGGCGCUGCAGCACCUCUGCCUAAGAAGCCAGAGCAGUCACCUGGGUUUCCGUCACUGAAGGGGUCGCUACCAGACGUCACCUUCAUUAGUGGAAUCCAGCCUCUUCCAAAGACACCUGAGCUUACAGGAAAAUCAGCUGGACAGUUCAAGGGAAGCUGCCCGUUAACCCCAAAGGCACCUGACUUCGAAGAACGUGCAAUGAAGUUCAAGGAAUCCAGACCCACGACAUCGAAGACACCAGAGCUCAAGGAUUACACGACACCAGUACUGAAGGAGAACGUCGAUUUGCCAUGGUGAAAGUUGAUGCUCUUGCCAAGUCGAGUGACAAUAUUAAGGAAGUUAUCUUUUAUAUAUUUUUGUUACCAAAAUAAACAGUUCUAUACAAGU